AUGAAAAAAAUCAUAGCGGAUCUUGAGGCCGGCAGGCCAAUCAAGUGGACGGACUAUAACUUCUAUACACUUGCGAAUAUUGCCAAGCGUUACCUCCUCCAUAUUGAAGGUGGUGUUUUAGGCCCUCAAUCUGAAGAGAAGCUGCUCUCUACACUUGAUAUACAAGAUGAUCAAGCUCGGAUUGAAGCGAUGCACAGUGUGAUAGUUUCUCAACCGAAACCGGUUCAGCAGCUACUUGCUCUAUUGUUUGGCAUCUGGUUUCGAAUGAUCUAUCAUACAGAAGUUAAUGCAAUGUCUGUAGAAGCGGUGGCUAAAUCUGUCGCUGGAUCUGUUUUCCCAAGUUGCACAACUACUCCGAGAAAAGUUGAGCGAGCGUCAAAAGUCAUGGAAUACCUUAUCACUGGCUUCGCAUCAGCUGAUCUCUUCAGUCGUGAACUGAUAGAAUACUUUACUCUAGAGACUAAAACUAGUAUUUCAAGAGUAGAGAAGUUCAAGUAUGAAUUUCGAUUUCCAAAGGACGUGCCAAGUAAGCUCAUUGAUUAUGUUACAGCACAGUGCUUUCCACUCUCUGGUUAAAUGAUCUGUUAUGUAAAUGUGGAUUAUUUCGCAUUUUAUUCAAAUGUGUCAAUAUAGGUUUAAAAAAUACAAUUAAGAAAAUAAUAUUUUAAACAUUAGCAUUUAAGAUUCUAUAUUAAUCAGUCUGUGCUUUUGUGUCAAUCAGCCCAGAUAAUUUUAGUUAACAUUCUCCCGACUUUCUAACAUUUGAAUGGGUCAGUUAGGCUUUAUCGAUUAUUGUGUAAAUAUAACUUUUAUUAAAUGUCAAUCUGUACUAAUAUGUGUACUAAUAUAUGCCGUAAUUUUAUACAAGUAUCUUAACUAAUUUCAGUUAGCUAAGAGAUUUUACAUAAGUGUAGAAUCUUUUGCCACCAUGAAUAAAAAGAAAUUCAACAGGUGGAAUAAAAACUGGCAUGUAGAAGAGUGGUUAGCCUCUUUGAUAUGUUCACUGUGUGCAACUGCGUCGUCGAUCAACACUUUAUUGUGUAGUCAGUUAACUUCUUUUUUAUCAUCACAAGCCAUAUGAUAAUAGGGAGAUUCAUUAGUGAUUCAUUAGCUUAAGCUGUCAACCUUCAGUCGAAUGCCUCCUGAUUUCUACAUCCACUAGACCCACUUCGAUUUGGGGCAACCUAAUGGUACCAGACGCCUGGUAGGAUAUGAUAAUAAAAAUAUUAAAUUAGAUCAGAAGAAACUACAUGAGUUGUCACAUUCACAGUGUGUCUUUUGAACACAUUGUAGUACUUUACAAUCUAAGUGUUAAUUAUAGUAAAUAUGUAUUUCCAUGCUGGAAUCGUCUGCUUACAGUUACUGACCUGUGUGUACGUAAGUCGGCUGAUUGAUAGCUGGUAAAGUGUUCACAAAUUUCAUGCAACUUGUGAUGCUGCUUGAGAAAUUAUAAAGUGGGAUUAGUAUUUCAGUGAAUGAUGAAUAGACAGACCUUUAUUAUGCUUUACUGAACACUGGAUAAAACGGAUAUAUAAUAAUCGAAUAUUUACAUACAUAUUAGUUUAUUGGAUAAUAAGCGACAUGUAAUCUAUUUAUUCUCUGAGUAACCGGAUACAACAGGCAGACUAAGAACGCGGGGGGUGGGGAAGUGUGGAAAUCUUCCAUUCUUUUUUGGUAGUGCUUUUUUUAAACAAAGAAACCAAUAGAACACUAACAGUACAACUUUUGAUCCUGAGCUUCAUAUGAUAGUACCAUUAUUAUCGUCAUCAUCAGUAUAAUGACGCGUAAAAUAUUCCCUAGCCCAUCAUUGCAUUGUUUUAAAAUGAUUCUGCUUACCUGAUAACUUUGCUAUUCAUAGGUGCAUAAUACUACCGCCAGAUUGUAGACAACGAUGAUUAAACACAGACUCAUAUUGGCAUUUUCUGUAGUGCUAAUUUUUUUAUUUAAUAACUACCAACGUUUCGUUGUAAAGUAACAAUGGAAAUAUAACCAUCUGUAAUAUGAGAACCAUAUUCUGUAUUAUUAAACAAUAUGUUUCAUGCGGUCGACCUUGGGUAGUCUUUCUUUGGAUAGUGCAUUCAUUGGUGUGUUAACGAGUGAAUGAAUGAGUCAACUCAGGAAAUUCAAACUAUCACACAUUACACCUCGAGAGUUAGCAGUAAUGAUACAGUUGUUAUAGGUAAAUCGACUAACUCAGUCUAAUUUCCCCAUUUAGUUUCAAGUAGUGGAAAACGCUACCUUAGGUUUUUGGUGGAGAGUUUGUUAUAGGAAAAAAUCCCUGGUAGUCCGCUGCGACAAAGAAAACUUUGACACUGAAAACCACGAUUAUUUCUCUGCCUUACACAUAACUGCGUUUAAGUAUUUUUGGAAGAUGGAGAGUUGAUUUUUGCAUCCAGUUAGUAAGAAACUAAAGAGCCUUUAAUUGUCAUAUGCACCUCUGGGUUCUUCCAGAAGAUCAAUAUUUUAGCAAUUGCACUACGGGCUACCAUUAGUUUGUUUUACUUGAUUUGUAUUUUGUAAAAAAUAAUGUUAAAAACCUUUCUUCUGGAAAAACAGUCGAUUGAUAUUGUAGCAUGUAAAACAUCGCUUCAUCGGCAUCAAAGAACAACAGACUACCCCAAACACUAGGAUCAAGACUACUGCCGCCACAGUUCAUCAUAACCUUCACAUAUUCACAUUGGCUAGAGAAUAUAUUAACAGAGACACGCCUAGGUUGGAAUGCUGGAAUUUGAGCUAUAUACUUCCUGAUAGGGGAAGUUUAGGCUAUUGAUCAAUAAUCCACCGAUAUUUAAACCUACUGGUUUUUAGUAAAUAACUCUAAUUCAGUUUAAAGUGUUAGAAAUAUUCUGGAAACGAGUAGACAAAGAUGUCAGUUGACACUGUACUGUCGUCACCAAUUCCAAAACGCUGAACCUGCUUGUUUUUCAGGCACCCAAGUGUCUCAUUACGGUGUUUAGGAACCUGCUUUGGAUCGUUUAAUGCUGGGUUUCCUUAUAUGCG